AUGAUGGUCCCGCCGCCCCCUCCCGCCGUGUCGGGCCCGCUGGCCAUGCUGGACCCCAUAGGACAGUUUGCAAAAAGGAAGAGGACUUCACUUUGGUUCACAGUCGCACUGCUGGUCGUGUCUGUCUUCAUACUGACCAUAGGUCUGGCAGCUACCACACGAACAGAAAAUGUUACUGUGGGAGGCUACUACCCAGGCAUUGUUCUUGGCUUUGGAUCUUUCCUAGGGAUUGUUGGCAUCUACCUGGUUGAGAACAGAAGACAAAUACUGGUGGCCUCCAUCGUGUUUAUCAGCUUUGGUGUGGUGGCAGCCUUCUGUUGUGCAAUAGUUGAUGGAGUGUUCGCAGCACGACAUAUAGAACCCAGACCUUUGUACAACAAAAGAUGCCAGUUUUAYUCGAGUGGAAUAGGAUUCCUAUAUGAUGCCUACCAGACUGAGGUGACAUGUCAUACCUUGAACAGCAAGUGCCAGCUGAAAGUGAAGAGUAACACGUGCUAUUGCUGUGAUCUGUACAACUGUGAGAAUUCAGACCAAUCCUCCAGCUACUAUGAAUUUCUCGGUGUGAGCAGCUGCCAGGAHGUGGUUCACCUGUACAGACUGCUGUGGUCCUCCACAGUCCUCAACAUCAUCGGCUUGUUUCUGGGGAUCAUCACAGCAGCCAUUCUUGGGGCCUUUAAAGACAUGGUGCCUCUGUCCCAAAUCGCUUUCAGUGCUGCACCUCCUCCUCAGAUCCUGUACAAUCCAGCYCAGCAGAUCCUGACAUACGCUGGGUUCUGCCCUUCUCCAGCAACGAUUUCUACAUAUCCAUCCUACCCGCUGCCUCUCCAGCCUGCCAGCAAUUUUCCAGGAACAUCAUCUACUGACAUUUCUUUAUCAGAAGAAACUCAGCCUCCAUCUCAGUCCAGCUCCAGCUAUGGCCUUCCCCCGAAUGCUCCAGCCCUCUAUACACCAACUUACUGCUUGCCUGGAGAAAAGCCCCCACCAUAUGCACCAUAGAAUAAAGAAUUCAUUUUAGUAGCUGGUAGACUUCUAUUUUGAUUUUAAGAAGCUUCUGGAAACUGUGCUGUGCAGGCACUAGGCUUCCCAAAGGAACCUUCCAGAGUGUGUUGCUGCCACUCCACUUUUACUCACAUCUCCCUGUGAGUGUGCAGAGCCCUGGCAGUGCAAGGGCAGGCACAUCACCACCCAGUUGUCUGCAGUCAGAUGUAGCAGAACUUUAUGGCUACCAUAACCUUGAGAUAUUUAAUUCUUGGUGCACUGCAGAAUAGAUUUUCUUCAAGAGGAAAAUGAAGAAAACACUCCAGAUAUUUGUUCUGCUUUCACAAACCAAUAUUGAGGAGUUUUAGCCUGUGUUGUCUGAGUGGGUAGCCAGGAGCUCUCCGAGUCAAUGAUUUUGGGUGGUAAGAGUUUGUUUGCUUGUAGUGUUURUUUAAUAACCCUGGUGGAAGUGUUGUACCAAUAAA